AUGGAUCGUAAACGCGUUACUGGACCUGAAUUAAGCGUAGCACCUAUUUAUAAAAGCAAUAAGGAAUCAACACCAAAAGUACUAGAUCAAAAGAAGCGAUUAGAUAAAAGAGGAUUAGAAGAUAUUAGACCCAUCUUUUUGAAGCCUGGUCUUAUUACUCAAGCUAAUGGUUCGGCAUACAUUGAAGUAGGAAAUACAAAAGUUGCAUGUGCAGUAUAUGGACCACGACAACUCAAGAAAGCAUCAUUUUCACAGAAUGGCAUUAUUAAUUGCGACUUCAAGUUUUCUCCAUUUUCCAACAUUAAAAGAAGAUCGGCUAUAAGAGACCCAGAAGCAAAAGAAUAUUCCCAAGUAUUGAUUCAGGCAUUAUCACCUGCCGUCAGACUUGAACUGCUACCAAAGUCAGCCCUCGACAUUUACAUCAAUGUGCUCGAAAGUGACGGAACGAGUUCAUGUCUGGCAGCUGCCAUCAUUGCUUCCAGUGUGGCACUAGCCGAUGCCGGUAUUGAAAUGUUGGAUCUUGUGACAGCUUGCUCUACAGUGUUUGUGAACGAUCAUAUCCUGAUGGACGGUACAGAGGAAGAAGAAAGUCAAAAGGACGGCUCAUUAGUGUUAUCGUAUAUGCCUUCCCUCAAUGAAGUAACUUAUAUGCUCCAAGUAGGCCAAUCAGAUAGUAUCGUUACAUCCAAAGCGGUCGAAAAUUGUAUUGAUGGAUGUUCCAAGAUAUACAGCGUCAUGUCUAAUGCAUUAUUGAAGUCAUUACAAUAA